GCAGCUCCCACCCCCUUUCGAUCACCAGUUCCCUCCACCCGUCCGUUCCUAAGCCUUGGUCAUUCACUGCUGGGACACGACGAGAGUUCCCCCGAUGUCACCCGCAUGCAGGCUCAGGUGGCCCCUGCUGGUCUCAGUGCUGGCCUUGGCAACCAGUGGCCAUGGCAGCUCCAUGUUCGGGGAGAUCACCUCGCCCGGCUACCCGUCCUCCUAUCCCAAUGAGGAGCGGGCCGAAUGGACCAUCGGCGUGCCCCUCGGCUAUCGGGUCCAGCUGCACUUCCGCUACUUCCAGCUGGAGCCCUCCCAGGACUGCAUCUACGAUCGGCUCAAGGUCAGUUCUGGGGGGAAAACUCUCGGUGUCUUCUGCGGCAAUGGUGACUCCAACAUUGGCAACCCACCCAGAGGUCAGAUCCUGACGUCCACCGGGAACACCAUGAACCUGGAAUUCCAGUCAGAUUUUUCCAAUGAGGGCAAAUUCCUUGGAUUCCUGCUUUACUACGAAGCAAUUGAUGUGGACGAGUGCUCUGUUCGUGAUGGAUCGAACCCCGUGUGUGAACAUCUGUGCCACAACACACUCGGCAGCUACAAAUGUUUGUGCCACCGCGGAUACCAGCUUCGGGAAGAUGGCAAGAGCUGCCAAGUGCAGUGCCAGGAAUUCUUCAGCCAGGUGUCGGGAGAGCUGGUGAGCCCGGAGUAUCCAUCAGCCUAUCCACCCAACCUCCAGUGCAAUUACAGUAUCCGUGUGGAGGAGGGAUUCUCCAUUGCCCUGAUGUUCCAGGGUAUUUUCGACGUUGAAGAUCAUCCAGAGGUGAAGUGCCCCUACGACAACGUGACGAUUGAGUACCGGGAUGUCGUGCUGGGGCCCCUGUGUGGGACGGAGCCCCUCGGCCGCAUCGAGACGCACAGCAACGCGGUCAACGUGCUGUUCCACGCGGACGAGUCUGGCCACAACAGGGGCUGGAAGCUCACGUACUCCACCGACCGAAUCCAGUGCCCGGAUCUCCCGUCCCUUGGCCACGGGACAAUUACUCCGGCUCAGCAGCAGUACCGUUUCCUGGACCGGGUCUCCUUCGCGUGUGACACUGGAUACAAGAUAAUGAAGAUCAACCGGGAACUGAACUCCUUCAAUGCGAUCUGCACCAAGGACGGGACGUGGAACAAGGAGGCGAUGGCCACGUGUGAGAUGAUCGACUGCGGAGAACCCAGGCACCUGGAGAACGGCAAGUUCAACGUCGAGGAGGGCAGCCUCGUCAGGAACGGCUACCGGACCCGCAUCCAGUACUCCUGUCACCCCCACUACCACAUGGAGAGUCAGGGCAAUGGAACCUAUACCUGCACAGCUUCUCGUCACUGGAUCAACCGCAGGGUCAGGGAGACGAUCCCCUACUGCGCCCCAGUGUGCGGUAAACCGGAGCAGCCCGUGGACAGCGGCACGGCUCGCAUCUUCGGCGGCGCCGCCGCGCCCAACGCCAGCUUCCCCUGGCAGGUCUACCUGCGGCCCCCGCAGCAACAGGGCCGCGGCUCUGGGGUGCUGAUCGACCCCCGCUGGGUGCUGACCGCCGCCCACGUCCUCUGGCCCAAGAACCAGCCACGGCCGGACGCCAAGAAGCUGAAGAGCUACGGCGUCUACCUGGGCGACAACGACCUGGAGGACCUGCUGGCGUCAGCCGGCCAGCCGGUGGAGAGGGUCUACCUGCACCCGGACUACGAGGGCGACCACAACCCGCAGUUCGACCACGACGUGGCCCUGAUCAAGCUGGCCGCGCCGGUCACCCUCGGCCGCUACAUCGUGCCCGCCUGCCUGCCGCCGCCCCCCGACCCGAAGCAGGGGCCGACCCAGCUCUACAGCACCGGACAGCUGGGCUACGUGGCGGGCUGGGGCGUCACCCAAGACCAGAAGCUCCUCAACCGGCUGCACUACGUGGGGCUGCCCGUGGCCGACCAGGCGAAGUGCCGCCGGGCGAUGGAGAAGGUGCAGCGAGCGUGGGGGGCGGUCCAGUCCUCCGAGAUGCUCCGCCUGGGACCCGGCAUGUUCUGCGCCGGCUCCGGCCUGGGCGAGACGGACUCGUGCCAGGGCGACAGCGGCGGGGCGUUCGCCGUCCGCCGGCGGGCCGACGACUCCUGGUACGUGACCGGGCUGGUGUCCUGGGGGCUGGGCUGUGGCCGCAACGGAACCUACGGCGUCUACACCCGGGUGGAGAGGUACCUGCCCUGGAUCCGCCAGGUGAUGGCCGGGGGGCAGGACUGAGGGGGCUCCCUCGGACACCCAUCGUCAAAUCCCCUUCCUGGACAAACCCCACUUUCAUCCCUCCCACCCACCGUCAUCCCCUCCCCAACCCUUCCCACACUGUCACCAUCCAGACCCUCCCCACAACCCAGCCGCUGCCCCUGGAGGGGUAACUGCACCGUGGGACUGGAGUGUGUUUUUUUUUGUAUUUCGGAUGAAACUUGCCUACGAUCGAUUUGAGUUGAAUCUUAAAUGGGGCAUAAUUAGUCUAGGGGUGGGAAUCGUGUAAUUUUUGGACAGGAUUGGUUCAAAAUGGAUUCAGAUGAAUUUAUGAGCGAGACUAAACAUUUAAUUUGGAUUGAUAUGGUCCCAGAUGCAUUCAUUUAAUUUUAACAUGGGACUUAAUUUAAACCCAGAAGAAAUACAAGCAGAUUAGGCCAUUCUGGUUGGUUUUCUAAAGUGUGGUUGGCUUUGGGAUGGAAUUUGUAUCAUUUUAAACAGGAUUAAUAGAACAUGGAUUCAGAUUAGUUCAAUUUUGGAUCAAAUGUAUUGAAAUUGGAUGACAGUUUUGGAAUAAGAUUAGAAUAAUCCGAGAAGGAAUUGGUUAAAAUUGGAUUAUAUUUAAUUUUAAACAAGAUUCAUUUGAUUUGGGUGUGAUCAGUUUAAUUUUUGAUGGAAUCAGUUUAAUUUGAGAAUAAACUAGAUUAAUUCGGACAUCAUUCAUUUAAAUAAAA